UCCCGCAAAAAUUCACAAGUUCUCUCACAAUCGAAUGAAACAGAAAGUGGUCGUCAUAGUCAAAUGUCUACAUUUAGUUGUUCUAGCUCUGGAGGGGGACAAAAAGAUUGAGACUAAGGAAAAAAUUUUUAUUAUUAAAAUUAUAAUAUUCUUGUACAUAUAAAUUUAAAAAUAAAAUUAUUUUUUAAAAAUUAUUUCACUUUUAAAACUCAACAGCCAGCAAUGUCAGCCUAUUUUCAAUCACAACCUUCCACUAAAAACGAUGAUUUAUUUCCUUUUUUCAACAAUUAUUUUAAAGGGCGGUACAAUCUUGAGAUUUUUUUCUUAGUCAGCAUUCCCUUUUAAAUAAAAAUAAUCAUUUCUGUUUUUAUAUUUAGAUUUUUUGUUUAUUUUUUAUUUAAACUAUCAUUUAAGUUAACAUUAAUUUUAGAAAUUAUUAUGUGGAUUAUUUCUCAGAUAAAUUAAAAUUAAUUUUAAAAAUAUAAAAAAAUUCAAUUCAAUACAUAUAAUAAACAAUUACUAAUCUGUUAAUUAAAAAAAUUUUUGUUGUUUUCCAAAUUGACUACAAAAAUGGGAUUACUAAUCUUAGUUGGGAUUACUGAAAAUGGGAUACUGAUCUUAGUUUCUUAUUAUGAAUUAAAUUUAAGAAUUUAAUUUUAAAUUAUUCCUGAAACCUAACUGAAGUUUAAUUUAUUAUUUAUCAAUUUUUAAUAAACUACCGUAUUUUCCCUAAAUAAGCCCCGGGGCUCAUUAUUUUAGAUCGACAUCUGUGAGGCUUAUUUGGAAAAAUACGUUAUGUUUAUUUUUUCUUAUUUGUCCAAACAUCUACUAAUUUUUAAUAAACUUCUUUGAUAUCAGAAAAUAUUUUUAUUGAAAGGCUUAUUCUUAUAUAUCCAUUUUUAUCCUUUCUUUCAAUUUUUAAUCAAAAAAUAUUUUUUUAUUAAAUAAUUUUAAACAAAAAAUAAAAUUAUACAGAUAAUCUUUAAAUAUUUAAAUGGAAAUUAGACAUCAAGAAAAUAAUAAAAAUAAAACAAAAUGGUUUUGUAAUUCUUUAUUAGAAGCUAAAGAUUCUAUGGCUAUAAAUCGGCAACAACAAUGGAAAAGACCGAAUAAAGCCCUCUACAAAAUUAAAAGAUCAACAAAUCCUUUGGAACGUUUAAAGUUACAAUUUAGUAGUGAGAAAAAAAUUGAAAAAAUUAAACAAAACAGCAAUGCGGAAAUAAAAGAAAAUAAAAAUAUUGAUAAAGAAAAGCAACAAAAAGAAAAAUAA